AUGUGUAGUAUUAGAAGCAGGCACCGCCCUGCGCGUUGGGGUGGGAGUGCGUCGGCCCGCUGCUUGAGAAAUGAAAAGAAUUUUCAUGUCUCGAAGCUGAGCCAUGUUCUUAAUGCUAAGUGGCUCAUCGCAGGAUGCACGGACGGGGUCAGGGGGCAGCGGCAGCACGUCCCUGCAUUAUUGGUAUGCCACACGCGCGUUGAUGUCUUCGACAAUAGCUCACUUAUCUCGGUGGAAAGCAUCAAU